CUCGAGCAACUGGACAUCGCGAGACAGGCGGCGAGGGACGCGAUCGCGAUGGCGCAAGAGGAACAGGCGAAGGCGUACAAUAAAGGAAGGAAGCCGGCGCCCAUAUUCGAGGAGGGCGAGCGCGUGCUAGUCAACCCUCACUCUCUGGAAUGGGUGGAGUCCAAAGGGAAGCCGAAGCUGAAGCAGAGGUGGAUUGGCCCCUUCGAAGUCGCGCAGCGCAUCAGCCCUAACACUUACCGACUCCACAUGAACGACAAGUACCCUGGAUUCCCCGUAUUCAAUAUU